UGUUUUUUGCAGCAAAUAUAAAUAUAAUAAUAAUGUGAAAUUCUUGAAUUGGAUGUUGAGUGACUUAAAGUCAAAAUGUCAAAGCAAGAAGUAACAGUAAAAGAUGUUAUGGAGGGCAAGAUGGUCGCAGACAGUAUGCUGUCCAGUUUGUUUAUAGAUUUAAAUGAUGUUGAAAAAACAAAUAGAGGAGUGCAAUCAUUCAUUCAUUUGAUGACAACUUAUCCAGCCAUAACUAAACUGGUUUCUUGUUUUAUGAGCAAGAUCAAAAAAGUUCCAACUUAUCUAUCUCAAUGUUCAUCCUUUCAGAAAAGAAUUCUCUUGUUUAUCGUUGUUGAAUGCUUGAUGUUAGGUGAACAUAUUGACCUGAGGUUUACUUCUGAGAAUUUGGCCCCAUUAGAAACUGCUCUCAUCCGCUUGAGUGAUAUUGCACUGGCAUUUCAAAAUGUUAUCAAACAUCCGAAUUUCUGUGACAUUUGGCAUCAUACUGUAAAGCAGGCAGUUAUUGCAUUUCUAAGGAAGAAACAAUCAGUUGAAGCAUCAAAAAUCCUAGUUCUUUAUCGCGAUCGGAUUAAUGAGGAACAAAAAAAGAUGUUGGAAAAACUGAUCGAAAGGACUUUGAAUAAGAAGCUUGAUAUCGAAAAGCUGGCUAGGACUGAUGGACAUGAUUAUACUUCAUAUUAUUUUGUAAUGGCGACUUUUAUAAAAGGUUUGAACAAUCAAUUACCUAAGACAACAUUACACAGAUUUGCUGCGAAAAUCAGUACUUCAGUGAAAGAACAAAAUGAUGAGGAGGAUCAAUAUGAAGACAUGGUAGAUUCAGGAAGUGACAUGGACCAUGAUGGAAUAAACAUGGAUGAACCUCCAGAAGAAAUGGAAAAGAAUAAUGAAGUUGAUACAACUAUGGAGGCUGAAGAAGAUGACACACUUAUUGAUGUUUCGUCAUCAGAUUCAGGAAAUGUUCAAGAGAAAAUUGCAAAAACGAAACCGUUGAUUGAAAUUCCAGACAGUGAAGAAGAUCAGGAAAGUGAUGAAGACACAACCAAUGAUAACAAUAAUAUGGAAAAAUUAGAUCCAAAGAUAGGUCUCACAUACAGACUAAAGAAGCAAAUUCAUAAUUCAGGUAUAAUAAUUCCUUGCAAACAUAUCGUGAAACACUGCCGAGAAAUUCAUAAUGAAAUUGAAGAAAUUGAGACUGGAAGUUCAAAGCAACCAUAUGUAAAAAGUAAAAAGAAAGCAUAUGCACCUUUAACUGCAGAGGCUUUGUCAAAGGCUCCUUACAAGCCAGAUAUUUCUCCACGAAAUCUAUUAUUAGGAGAAAGAUUUGAAGAUUUGAAUUCAACAUUUCACUCAUCAGUUAGUAGUCGAACAUACAGUAGCAGAAGACGAAUACCUUUCACAUGCGACCUGGAUUCCUAUAUUGUUGUUGGUUGCAGGCAUUUUGGGAUUGGACAAUGGACAAAACAUUAAAUGCUUUUCCAUUUCCCACAGGCUGCACAAAUGUUAAGAUCAAGGAUAGGUUUCGGAACUUGAUCAAACUCAAACACAUUGCUAUAUUGGAUGAUGGUGAUUUCAAUGUGCUGAAUCUAGUUUUAAAAUCAAAGCUAGCGGCAGCUGAAGCUAAAAUGAAUAAGGAUAAGAAUGAAAAUGCUGCUAACAAA